UUCGCCUCGGAAUUUCUUCUUAUCGCACGAAGAUUCUCUGUGCGCGAACAAACAUAGAAACGGCGGUUUAGACGGUUGCACUUCGGCGGGCAAGUGCGAAGGUCAGCGGCGCAGGCGUGAUGCGAAAAGUCGAUGGGUGUCGUCGAUAAGAUGCUCGCUCGCUCGUCUCGCUCGUCUCGCGCAUAACCUGGUGGUAUAACCUACAAAUUCGCCGUUGAGUGCGUCCGCCGAACGCACGUCGAUUGUCGUCGUCCGUGCGGCGACGUGACGUGACGUGUUGACGCGUGACGUUCGCGACUCGAGCGCAUCGCGACACGUGUCAUAAAUCCGAAAUAGGUGGUGCAAAGAGUAGUCUUCCCUUACGCGUUCCCGAUAUCGUUCCGGGAUAAUCAGGAGGACGACGUCGUGAAAGUUAUAUGGACUGUCGGAACGGAUUGCUCGUUCGCGCAAAACAUGGGUCAUGGGUCCAGCCGUUCAUCCUCGUCAACGAAUAUCCUCUCCCUGGAGGAGCUGGCGCUUGUGGAGAAUAUCUUUAAGUCGAUGUCACGUAGCUCGGGUUCAAUCAAACGAGAAGACAUAUUCAAACACUGGUCGACCCAUCUGGACGAGGUGUUGCUUCAGUUUGUGAUACGAUUUCUCUGUCACGACCCGGGCAAGAAAGUCUCGACUAUCAACGGCGAGAACUUCGGCCGGCUUUACGCCUUUGCCGUACGCGGCAGUCCCGAGGAACGCACAAGUCUUAUAUUCGAUGGUUUCUCGGAAGAGGAAAAAAAGUACGAAAUGCCCACCGCUACGUUCCUUCAGUACAUUCAAGCAACGAUUAACUCCUACUUGCGACUGCAAAAGAAUUCAAGCAACGCUCAUUACCUCACCUGGAGCAGCAUCGGCUGCACCGUCAACACCAGGCGUAUACAGGUGCGUUCUCACAGUCUGUGCGAAGACCUGAUCAAAUACGGGGACGUGUUAACCGUCGAUCAAGUCGAGACCUGGUUUGUGACCGCGACCACGUUCAAGAAUAUUCAGUCGCACGUCUUCCAAUAUCUAUUUCUGAUCUCGCAGAAGAAGGUAAGCGACAAGAAUCCAGCUAUGCGGAUAAACGAUUUGAAUCUUCUGCCGUUGUGCAAAGGUUUGGAGAACAUACCGCAUUUUCCGAGCAUAUUAGGUUUGGGAGACGUUCUGUUUCUGAAUCUAAGCCUGCCGCACGAGUUGCGGAAUGAGUGGCGAUUUUUGUUUUCGAGUCAGGUGCACGGCGAGUCUUUCUCCACCAUGCUGGGUAGAAUUGUGAUGCAAGGCGCCACGAUUAUUAUACUUCAAGAUAUGGACGACCACGUGUUCGGCGGUUUUGCCUCCGACAGCUGGAAGCUGGGACCGAACUUCAUAGGAAAUCAAACGUCGUUUUUGUUCAAGCUCGAGCCGGACAUAUUGACGUUCUCGGCGACGAAUUACAAUAAUCAUUAUCAAUAUCUCAAUCUCCAUCAACAAACUAUGCCUAACGGUCUGCUAAUGGGCGGUCAGUUGAAUUAUCCCGGCCUCUGGUUGGAUUGCGAAUACGGUACCGGCAAAUCGAGCUUGUCGUGCACGACAUUUCAAAAUUACAUACGCCUCAGCGGCAAGGAGAACUUCAAAAUCAAACACUGCGAGGUCUGGGGAGUCGGUCCUGUGCCGGACGUGGAGGAGCAGGACGCGCGCGAAACGAAAUCCGUGCUGAAUCAAGACGAGACAGCAAAAACAAUGAUGGAAUUGUCCGGUCGUAAGUUGUACAGCAAGGAGCUCGGCUUGGAUAAUCAAGAGUAAUUUGUGAUAUGAAAUCCUGAGAGAGAUUUUUAUGGAAAGCUCAUACACACAAAGUCGACAACGACGACGAGACGAACACGAUGCCGGAGAGCUGUCCGAUUGUAAAUCGCAACAGCGAGAGUGUCUUCGCGAGGGUGUCAAGAAUAAUUGUGAUAUAUACGAAAUAUUGAGAUUUUUAUGGGAACUCGGAACCAGAGUGAAAAAAAAAAAAAAAAAUAUGUUGUACAGAUGUUUGCAGGGUAAAACUGCAGAAAAGGGGAGCAGCUUCCGAUGACCUUGAGCUUAGGAUAUAUUGUCAAGAUCGUGGCCCCGAGUAAGGUUCCGCAGGUUUUAUCCGGCGGUCAUUGUUUGUUUACAAGUUAUUAUAAAAAAAUGUUUUACAAAUUAUCCCUUAUUUUUCGACAUCAUGUACAUUGAAACAGUAAAACAUGUUGUUCCUAUCGGAGCAUUACAUACCUACGUACGACCUUGACAUAUUAUAUCAACAUAUGUCUUUGGUUUGAUUUCCUCAUUGACAACAUGUAUAGCUUGCCAGUUCGUGUCGAACCUUAUGUAGAAUUUUGCUAAGCAUGGAAAGUGUAUGCGCGGAAGAAGUGUGUUCCGCCCCCCCUGCGGGGGGGCUCCACUAUCCAAAAACUAGACACAUAGAUUUGGGUUGAACCUCGUUUUGCGUGAGAAAUGCAUGCGUGGAUGCAAUGAAACUGCGAUUACGUCGCUAUAUGAUUUGUUUUGAUUUCUUCGUUGCGAUACACGUAUAUACCUAUUAUUUUCACGAGGGGGGAGCAGGGAGGAGGGGCGAAGCCCCUCCACCUGCGAGGAUAAAACCUGCGGAACCUUACUCGGGGCCACGACAUUGACAAUAUAUCCUAAGCUCAAAGUCAUCGGAAACUGCUCCCCUUUUCUGCAGUUUUACCGUUUGCAGAUAGUUAAGAUUUGAUUGAUCAAUUUGCGGAAUGAAAAAAAAAUCUAAAAUCCGUUAAAAAUGUAAAAUCCGUUAACGAUUCUAUUAACCUUUUCGCUCCGGA